UUAUUAUAAUCUGAGAGUAAAGAUGUCCAAUAAACCCAUUAUCUGCUUUGAUACAUCCAAAAAUGAGCGAUUUCAAAUAUCGGACAACUAUAAAAUGCUUCACCGCAAGCUGAAGGCCAACUGGAACGUGGAACAAAGCGAUGCCGAACUGCAAAAAGGGCACCUUUCGCGUGCCAAGGUAUUCGUCCUGGCUGGCCCCCAGGAUCGCUUCACCGAGGAUGAGUUCGAAGUGCUCAAACACUAUGUGGAGGUGGACGGAGGCAGUCUGUUGGUUCUCCUUGGCGAGGGCGGCGAACAGGAGUUCAACACGAACGUGAAUUUUUUUCUGGAGCAGUACGGGAUCUACAUCAACGGGGACAAUGUGGUGCGACCGCACUACUACAAGAAUUUUCAUCCCAAAGAGUGCAUUGUGGGUGGUGGAGUGGUCUGCGAGUCCAUGUGGCGGCACCUCAUCAAGCUGGACAUUGAGAAGGUCGACUACGACUUCAGCGACGAGAAGUACAAGAUACACUUUCAGUAUCCCUACGGAGCCACCCUGAAUGUCUCCGAGCCGGCCAAUGUCCUGCUCACCACAGGCCCCGUAGUGUAUCCCUUCAAUCGUCCACUGGCGGGCUACUAUACCAAUGGCAAAGGCGGGAAGAUCCUGGCCAUUGGCUCGGGCUACAUCUGGCAUGAUAAGUAUUUGCAGGACAAGACGAAUGACGCCAUGCUGGAGUAUAUAUUGAAGCUCUUGGGAGGAGAUGGGAUAAGCUACACGCACUUGGACUUUAACGAUGUGGAGCUCAGCGACAACAAACACUUUACGGAUCUGGCCUUCCUGGCGGACAUGCCCAAGGCCUGUCUGAUCGACUCGAUCGGCACCGAAAUGCCCACGGACUUCAAGCAAAUGUUCGACAUGGAGAUGUGCGCGCUGAGCAACCGCCUGCUGAAGGAUGUCAUCGAUACGUACGAGCAACUGCACGUGAAAUACGAGCCGCUGAGGAUCAUCAAGCCGCAGUUUGAGAUCCCAUUGCCCAACCUCCAGUUGGCCACAUUUCCGCCCAUCUUCAGCGAGCCGCCAGCCCCACCGCUGGAGCUGUACGAUCUGGAUGAGACCUUCAGUGGGGCACGCUCACAGUUGGCACACAUGACGGGCCAGUGCCUGCAGGCCCUCCAGUCCAAGGAGCCAGCGCGGCGCAGCCUCAACCAACGGGAACUGGAAAACUACGUGAAAGAGUGCGCCAGGAUAACGGCCAUUGUGGAGGAACAGCAAGACAUGCCAGCCCGCGAAAUACUCAACAUUGUGGCCCGCCAGAUAGUCAGCUACAGGCCAUAUGCGGAGGAUUAGCUCGUCAGACCAGACAGCGGUGAUCCGAUUACCCAUCUGCCAGAGCCAUCCAGCCAUCCAGCCAGAGCGGCACAUUCCGCGCAACGACUGGACUGGUGCAUUUCGGGCAAAUCAGCAGAAAUUUUGUUAAUUUGAAUUAUAAAAUUAUGAAAACCAAGUACGUUUUAUGUAAA